AUGGUUCGUCUUAAACACCGGUACAUUCUUUUUGAUAUUCUAUAUCCACCGGUUUCUGAGCCUCGAACAGGUACCCAAAGAGCAAAAUUCUCAACGUUCUGCGACAAUCCCAAAGAUACGCUUCUUGCACUUCAUGCCCCAUCGCCAGCGUCUAUCAACCCCAAAACCAUUGUUAACAUUUUGAAAAACGCUGUACAUGAACAUUUUGGUGAAAUAAGUGCUGGUGGAGUCGGCCAGCUGAUAAUUGUCAAGUAUUUCAGCAAUAAAACGUCUACAGGUAUAAUACGAUGCAGCCGACAGGACUUUCAACAAGUGAUGGCAGCCAUUGCGCUUGUGACAAAGCUCGAUAACUACGAUGCUGUAAUGAGAUGUGUCCAUGUCAGUGGUACGAUCAAGAAAUGUGAACAAUAUUCCAUCAGGAGGAACAAGCAGUUGAUCAUUGAUCUUGGACGCGACAAGGAGAUGGAAUCUGGGCUCAACGAGUUUGUUGCAAUGUUCAAGAAAGAUGAGGGUGAAGACGAUGAUUAA